AUGGUCUGGAUAAGACCAACUCUCGCAUGGAUCUUCCUCGCGUGGUACCAAUACGGAGCUGUAGCUGCCCCCACAUGGCCCUCAUCCAUCGAUGAGUUGGAGGAUAUCAUGCUGCUGCAUUCAGGGUACCGCGGACGUGGCUUUGCAACGGCUGUCACCCCUUGUUCCUUUUCUGCCCAGGGCCCCGGACGCAUCACAGCCGCUGAAUGGAUUCGAACGGCCUUUCACGAUAUGGCUACAGGAAACGUUUUCUCCGGUGCUGGUGGCUUGGAUGCAUCGCUGAUAUUCGAGACGACAAGUGGUGAAAACAAUGGCGCAGAAUUUGUCACCACUCUCACAACAUACGCGCCAUUCUUUUCCAGCCGAGCCUCUAUGGCAGACAUCAUCGCCAUAGGUGUCUACACAGCUACUCGAUCCUGUGGUGGUCCAAUAAUCCCAGUCAAGGCCGGACGCAUCGAUGCCACUGAAGCAGGCCCCCUAGGCAUUCCUCUUCCCCAGAACGCUAUCGGCACAUUCACGAACCAAUUCUCCAGAUUUGGAUACAACGCUACCGAAAUGAUCCAGUUUGUCGCCUGUGGCCACACCCUUGGCGGGGUACAUUCAGCCAACUUCCCUGAGAUUGUACCGGCUAACACUGCUCCAAACGACCUUGCAGUGUUCGACACUACAUCUGCUGUCUUUGACAACAAAAUUGUUACCGAGUAUAUUGCUGGAACGACCAAAGACCCCCUGGUCGUUGGGCCUUCCACUGCAAAUACGCGGAACUCAGAUUUCAGAGUCUUUAAUUCUGAUAAGAACGUUACAAUCAAAGCCUUGCAAGACCCUUCUACAUUUUCCAACGUCUGCAAGAACAUGUUUCAAAGGAUGAUCGAGAUUGUACCAAGUGGAACUACUCUUACGGAUCCUAUCACGCCGUACGACAUCAAGCCUUACGCUCUGCAGCUCACUUUGCUUGACGGUGGUUCCCAGAUUUCCUUCACUGGAGAUAUCCGCAUUCGAACGACUCAGCUCCCCGCGAGUCAGAUUGCAUUGGUCCGAUUGGUAUACGCGGAUCGAACUGGUGCAGCCGUUUCGACGCCUAUCGAUACUACGCAUAAGGGCGAUGCUUCUGGAUUUGACGACACGUUCACUUUCUACGGCUUUUCGACUAAACUCUCGGCCGACACUUCUAUCUCGUCCUUCAAUGUUGUUAUCACUUUGCCAGGGGGCUCCACUGAGGUUCACAACAAUAAUGGGAACGGCUUUAAGGUCGACGAUGGUGUCAUUUUCCAGUCUCCUCAGAGCUGCUUGGAUGCCACUGGAAAAUUGACAAUAGUUGCUGCUGUUCGCAAUGGAGGAUCUGCCCCCAACCUGCAGGUAGUGGUCAAGAACCCGCGAGCUAGUCCAGUCGUAGUUCCAGCAUUGUCAACUACAACGGCUGUGAUGGCAACUCAAUCAGCUAUCGGCUCAUAUCAACUCUACUCUGCUUCAUAUACUUUCUCGGGCAACCAGGCUCAGUCUGCUGUCUUUGGAGUCUCAGCUGGAAGCUCAUCAGACAAUAACAAGAACGCCAUGGUCUUGCCAUCCACUUGCACGCCAUUAGGCACAUCAACUCCAACCUCAACGCCAUCAUCAUCCGCAUUCUCUUUCCAAGGGUGUUACACCGACAGCGGUCCGCAGCGUGCUCUCUCCAGCGCCGCUUCUGCCGACGAUACUAUGACUGUAGAGAAGUGCUCAGCCUUCUGCUCCUCGUAUAAAUUGUUUGGCCUUGAAUAUGGUAGAGAAUGCUACUGUGGCAACGCUUUGGGUUCUUCGAGCACUAUCUCUGGACAGACUGACUGUAGCAUGGCUUGCACUGGUAACUCCUCAGAGACAUGCGGUGCCGGAAGCCGAAUCAGCCUGUACGAGAAUCUCAAGUACAUCCCGACGGUCAACCCACAAGUCAAUGGCUACAGUUACAUUGGUUGUUACAGCGAAGGAAGUACUGGACGCGCUCUAUCUGAUAGUCAAACUGCAAACAACGCCAUGACGGUGGAGGCCUGCGCAAAUUUUUGUAACGGUGCGACAUAUUUCGGAGUUGAGUACGGGCAAGAGUGCUACUGCGGGGGAGUUCUGAAUGCAGGAAGCGUAAAUCAAUCGGCAACGGAUUGUUCAAUGACAUGCGCGGGCAACAGCACUGAGUACUGUGGUGCGGGAAACCGUCUCAAUAUCUAUAAGAAGAUUCCUGUCACCAGCUCGUUAACACCCAUGCCUUCGACGACCCCCCACCUCUCAGGUUACACUUACCUCGGCUGCCUCUCUGAUUCAGUAACCUCACGCACCCUCUCCAUAAAAUCCUACUCCACCUCCAACAAUACCUACGCCACCUGCGCCGACUUCUGUUCCGGCUACGUCUACUUCGGCGUCGAAUACAGUACCGAGUGCUACUGCAGCGACACGCUCUCAAACACCCCCUCCACAGUUCCAGAAUCUGACUGCAAUAUGGCAUGUAGUGGUUCUGAGGGCACUGGAAAUUGCGGCGCGGCGAAUAGGCUUAAUGUGUUUAAAUCCACGACAAUAACAACGCCGCCGGCGAAUCCGGUGGUCGCGGGGUAUAAUUAUACAGGAUGUCAUACGGAUUCGGUGAAUAAUCGGGUGCUGAAUGGGGUCUUUUUGUUCGAUGCGAGUAUGACGGUUGAGAUGUGCGUGGAGUUUUGUAAGGGGACGAAGUAUUUUGGUACAGAGUAUGGAGGCGAGUGUUAUUGUGGGGAGAAGUUUGUGAAUCCGACGAGUGUGGUGCAGGAGAGUAAUUGUAGUUUUGUGUGUGGGGGGAAUAAGAAGGAAUAUUGUGGGGGGGCGAAUCGGUUGAGUCUGUGGGGGAAGGUGGACACAGUCUCUUGA